UCUGCCUCUGCGCGGCGCGGCCGCCCCGCUCCGGCGCCGUGCGCGGCGCCGGCGGAGCAGGAGCAGGAGCGACUCCCGCUCCUCCCGGCGCGUCCCUCCUCCUCCUGCCUGGCACCGUGUGCCGGCGGCGGGUGCACGGUGACCUUACGGAGCGUGCAUUACCUCACAGGAUCUGAUCUGAGCACUCUGAGGCAGAAGAAGCAGGGAACAGAGCAAGCGGUCGGAGGAGCAUCAUUUCUACGGAAUGAUUGAAGAUUGUGGGAAAAGAGGAAAUACCAUGGCAGAAAGAAGGCAGCUGUUUGCAGAAAUGCGGGCUCAGGAUCUGGAUCGCAUUCGUUUGUCCACCUACCGAACAGCAUGCAAGCUUAGAUUUGUUCAGAAGAAAUGCAACUUGCACCUGGUGGACAUCUGGAAUGUGAUAGAAGCCUUGCGGGAAAAUGCACUGAACAACCUGGACCCCAACAUCGAACUGAACGUGGCCCGCCUGGAGGCUGUGAUUUCAACUAUCUUCUACCAGCUCAACAAACGGAUGCCAACUACUCACCAGAUCAAUGUAGAGCAAUCCAUCAGCUUACUGCUCAACUUCUUGCUAGCGGCCUUUGAUCCGGAAGGACAUGGUAAAAUUUCCGUUUUUGCUGUCAAAAUGGCCUUGGCAACUCUUUGUGGAGGAAAAAUCAUGGACAAAUUAAGAUACAUUUUCUCAAUGAUUUCCGACUCCAGUGGAGUGAUGGUUUAUGGCAGAUACGACAUGUUUCUGCGGGAGGUUCUCAAGCUGCCCACGGCUGUUUUUGAAGGGCCUUCAUUUGGUUAUACUGAGCAGUCAGCAAAAUCUUGUUUCUCACAACAGAAAAAAGUCACAUUAAACACUUUCUUGGAUACUCUCAUGUCUGAUCCCCCGCCACAGUGUCUAGUGUGGUUACCACUUCUGCAUCGACUGGCAAAUGUUGAAAAUGUCUUCCACCCCGUCGAGUGUUCCUACUGCCACAGCGAGAGCAUGAUGGGGUUUCGCUACCGCUGCCAGCAGUGUCACAAUUACCAGCUCUGUCAGGACUGCUUCUGGAGGGGCCAUGCCAGCGGUUCCCACAGCAACCAGCACCAAAUGAAAGAGUACACGUCAUGGAAAUCACCUGCUAAGAAGCUAACUAAUGCACUUAGCAAGUCUUUAAGCUGUGCUUCCAGCCGUGAACCUUUGCACCCAAUGUUCCCUGACCAGCCUGAAAAACCUCUAAACCUGGCUCAUAUUGUAGAUACUUGGCCUCCCCGACCUGUAACCAGCAUGAACGACACACUCUUCUCCCAUUCUGUUCCCUCGGGAAGUCCCUUUGCAAACAGAAGGUUACUUGGGGGUAUAAAUGCAGCCAGUCCUGUGGCUGAUGAGCAUUCUCUUAUAAAGCUGUAUGUAAAUCAGCUUCACAAGAAUUCACGCUCUCCUUCCAAGAAUACUGAAGUAGAGCAGAGCAAACUGCUGGCUAGGGCUGCUCCAGCUUUCUUGAAAGGCAAAGGGUUACAGUACAGCCUCGAUGUUGCAGACAGGCUGGCUGAUGAACAUGUGCUCAUCGGGUUGUAUGUCAACAUGCUACAGAGCAACCCCGCACGCGUGCUUGACAGCACAAGUCGCCUGGAUGAAGAACAUAAGCUGAUCGCCAGGUAUGCAGCAAGGCUGGCAGCAGAAACUUCUUCAUCACAGCAGAGUCAGCAGAGAGGGGCAUCAGAUAUCUCCUUCACCAUUGAUGCAAACAAGCAACAAAGGCAGCUGAUUGCAGAGCUUGAAAAUAAAAACCGAGAAAUCCUACAGGAGAUCCAGAGGCUGCGACUUGAACAUGAGCAAGCAUCUCAGCCCACACCAGAGAAGGCACAACAAAAUCCCACUCUCCUUGCAGAGCUCCGACUGCUGAGACAGCGGAAGGAUGAGCUGGAACAGAGGAUGUCUGCUCUCCAGGAAAGCCGGAGGGAGCUUAUGGUUCAGUUAGAAGGCCUCAUGAAACUGUUAAAGACCCAAGGGGCAGGCUCCCCACGUUCCUCACCCAGCCACACGAUCAGUCGGCCUAUUCCAAUGCCCAUCAGGUCUGCCUCUGCCUGCUCCACCCCAACCCACGCACCUCAGGACUCUCUGACCGGAGUGGGAGGAGACGUGCAGGAAGCCUUUGCACAAAGUGCAAGACGAAACUUAAGAAAUGAUCUGCUGGUGGCAGCAGAUUCAAUCACCAACACCAUGUCUUCUUUGGUAAAAGAACUAAAUUCUGAAGUGGGCAGUGAGACAGAAAGCAAUGUGGAUUCUGAAUUUGGACGGACUCAUUUUGAUGACCUGGUUCCAUCCCCGACAUCUGAAAAGGCUUUCCUCGCCCAGAUCCAUGCCCGGAAGCCAGGAUAUAUCCACAGCGCUGCUGCCACUGGCUCUCUCCGUAGUGACAUGGUUACAGAAGAUGGAGACCCCUAUGUCAGAGCAGAUGAUGAAAAUUAUGAGAAUGACUCUGUCCGCCAGCUGGAGAAUGAACUGAAAAUGGAGGAGUACCUGAAGCAGAAGCUGCAGGAUGAGGCAUACCAGGUCAGUUUGCAAAGUUGAGUGCAAUAUCCUUCUCUCUCCUCUCAAGGAAGCUGCAGUCAGACAGACAAUGAAAGCUACGUAAGAACUGAUGAUGAGGAGAGCUGCUUUCGGACAGACGAUGAAGAAAACUCAGCUGCAAACUUCACAGAAGAAUGGAACCAAGAGGUGCAGCGUCUCUUGGCAAAAAAAUCACAUAACUAAGUUCUGAGGACUGUAGCACAGUACUUUUGUUCUAAGAGUUGUAGUUUGUAGAUGUGUGUUUUUGACAACAAGACUUUUGUUUAAAGCUAACUUAUAUUAGCUACAUCUUCUGUAACAUGGCUCAUUACUGGUGAAGCAAACAGACUGAUGUACGUACUGCUGUUACACAGGACAGUGGUAUUAAUAACUCACGUGAACCCUUUGCACAUGAUAUUGAACCUGUUCAGUUUACAAUGACAAUACUGUUUAUAGAUAGAAAUUUGAUUUCUGAAUACUUUGAGAUUUUAGUAGAUUGGUUUACUAUACACUGUACAUUUUUUUCCACAGAUGAAAUAAAAAGCGACAAUUAUGCAUUUAACACUGAAUAAUAAUACUCCUGAGUGUAUAUAUCUAGUAGCCCAAAAAACAAAGUACCAGACUAUCUUUGCAAUUUGUUUGCAAGUCUUUAAAUUAAGGCUUAUACAAAAUGUACUAAAAUAAUAAUUAUAAUAAUAUAAUUAAUAAUAAUAAUAAACUUCUCUAAUUUAGGGCUAAUGUGUAACUUAGGAAUGUUUCUUUCAAAAUAAUCUAACAAAUCAGCCAUAGAAGUUAGUGUAAAUAUUUUUUUUCCAAAUAGAUAUCAUAUACAAAAGGUGACAUUCAAAUGAUAUAGAAUCUAGUUUUUAAAUCAGCACAGAUCUUCUUAAAACUGUGAACUAUGUUUUGAAAUACUCGUUGCUAAAGCUGUUUAUAAACCACAGGUGCCAUAAGAUCCCUGAACUGACUGAUGUUACGUAUAAUCCUCCAUGGUAUUGUUUCAUUGAUGUUUUAGCUUUAGUAGGCAUGUGUUCAACAAACUGGCUCUUUCCAUCUUUCUGCCCCUCCUCUCCUCCCCGCCCCCCUUCAUUAUGUUAUUUUCGAGGCCUUCAGCUUUAAAUGUACAGGCUUAAAGUGCGCUUGCAACUGUUCUCUUUUGAUUUCCGAAUGUGUACUGCCUUAGCCAGCCACCAGAUGUUCUGCAUGCUCUCUUGGAAAUGUGUAGUGAGACUCCUUCAGAGCUGGAUGGAGAAAUAGCGAUCAGUGAAAAGCACAAGAAGAGCGGUGGAUUUUUUCGAAAGGACAGGCAUAUAGUUACAGGGUUGGAGAUUGGUCUGGUUCAGUAUUUUUCCAGUAUCAAGGCAUUUCAGGAGAAAGGAGACUGACCUGGCCAUUGUGGGUGAGACAGUGAGACUGCUGGCUAAGAAGUGUUUGCUCUGCUGUGACUACAAACCUACAGAUGUCCUGAGCAGGGAUUGACACAAAUCAGCUGUAACGUGCUCCCCAGAGCACACUGCUUGGAAAUAAAGGUGACACUCAUAUGGCACAUAGCACUGCCCUGCAGAGAAACCAGAGCCAGGCCCUCAAGAGCUGGAGCAGCAGCAGUCAGGGACACCAGGAGAUGUUCCAUGCUGGCUGCCCAGCCCUCCUGAGCUGCACAGUGUAUGAGCUCGGGACCACCUCUGUGCCAAGGUAAUUUUACUGUCCUAAUACAACAUUAGGCUUCCAGUACCUGGCUGAUCUGAACUGACACUGUCUAACGGCCCUAAAAACAGUGGUGUUUCAUACAGAUAUUUCACACCAGCAUAGUUUGCCUACAGCAAGUGAUGAGAUACCCAUCUAAAGCAGGUGAACAUGGCUUGUCUGUCCUUGCUUUCAUGGUGACAUGGAUGUGCACUGCCAUAUUUACGUGAGAUUGUAGCUCAACCCAGUAAAUCCACUUGUUUGCAUGUACUCUCCAGGCUCAUGGCUGUUUCCCUGGGCACUAUGUGUUAGGGAAUGAGUAUCUGUAUGAAAGAGCUGCUGCCAUUUCUCACUUCCAUAUUGUUUUAUUGCGUAUGCAGAUCUCUUGUCCACAUCUCCUUGCAUAUCUGGGCUUGGUCUCAGACAUCCAAAUGCAUACUAAGGGGUCUAGAUAUCUUCAUGUAAGCUUUUCAUUUUUGUAAUCACUGGUCUUUGCUCCUGGGGUAUGUGCCACCCUAGCAAGGCAGGCACCAUAUCCUCCACUGCCUCCUCCUCCAACCUCCUCUCAGGAAUGGGUUAGCCUCCACUAGUGCCUAGCACUCCAUGUUUGAAGCUACUCCAGUGAACCUGUAGACAUUGCUGUCAGCUCAGGAUUCCAAGUAAGCAUUUUCUGAACAGGAAGAAGACAAGCUAGAACACAGCUACAUGCAAUGGCUGAUUAAUUCUACCCAUGUCAUGUUUAACUGUACCCAGAGUAAGAGAUCCCUCUCAUCAUCUUAAUGUCUGCGUGCUCAUUAUCACCAUGCUUAAAAUAGAUGCAGUAAACUAAAUCCAUUGCAAGAGCUUCUGAACUAGGAGUAGUGACUAAAGUUCACUAAUCAAGUACUUUUCUUUUAGGCUGGUGUCAACAAGCCUUAGAGCUGGAGUUCUGGGUCCCUUAUGCCCUGGAGCUCUGAGAUGAAGCACCUCUUACUUAGCUCUCCAAAUGUCUAUUUUAAGCAUUUUCCAACUGUUAAGCUGGCUGCAUUUUCACCCAGCUGGUCUUUGUCUGUUUGUUGAAUAUUAUUUUGGUUGUGGUUUGCGGUCAUUAAAACAGUUACAGAAGAGGUCCCUGGCGUGGCCCUUUUCUUAACUACCAAUGGCCCACCACAGCAGUCAAAACUCCGGGUGGUUUUACUGUCACUGGGGGAAAACCAGUGGUUUGGAAUCAGGAGACAGGGAUGUGAAGAUGUAUAGGGUCCUUGAAUGUCCAAAGCGAAGGUGGAGAAUGGGUUGUCUGUAAGUAGUAAUGUUAACUAAACUGCAUAAAAAGGUGUGUGGCCUUUGUUGUGAUAUAAUAUGUAUUUUCUUAUAUGCAUGAGCCAAAUUGUUGCAUCAUAAUUUAUCAUAAGUGUGUCCACCUUUACUUUCAGUUGUCAUCUUCUCCCAUCCUUAUUGGUUCUUGGCAAUUACUGUAGAUAGACCUUGUAAAUAUUGCAACCUCGAGUUGCUGUAAUCACGUUGGUUCAAUUCAGCAGACGGAGCUGUGAACAACAAGCACUCCACUGUGUCCUGAAGACAAAAGGGCAUUUUUACCUUUGAACCAAAAAAAUUAAAAAAAGUAUGAGGAGUUACAUCUUGAGGCUACUAACUGUAAGACAUUUUUAAAACUACUGUACUUGACACCACUUGAGACAGAUAUAGAGACACUAAAGAUGUCACGAUAUUCAUUGGUAUUGUAACAGAACUGCUAUUGUAUGGGGUUUUUGUAUUGCUGUUAAGUAUUGUUUUGUGUGUGUGUGUUGGAACCUACUGGGGACAUGUUAUAUUUUGAAGUGAUUAAACUAUUUAAUUGUGUGUCUAUAUUUUGGAAUGGAAUUAUUUCUUCAUUAAAAAGAUUUUUAAAAGGAAU